AUGGAGACGGUCGAGAGUUUGGUUCCCCCUCGUGACACAGGGGACAGUGAUCCGGAAUGGGAGAAGCCGGAUGAUGAUGUGGCUUUGGCCCGUGCUACCCUGGCACACAAUCUCUCUGCCCAUGAGGAUGAGACGGUGAAUUCCACCCUGACCUCCUUUACGACUUUGGAGGUGGAUGAAACUGCCUUGGACCUGCGGCUCCAGGAAAUGGAUGCGGCCAUGGCACGUUUGUUGACCAAGGGUAACGAGAAGGUGGUUGUUAAGGAGGAAAGUCAGCUGCCAAGCGACAUGGCUGCUGAGGCGGCCCACCAUGAGGACAGCCCAGCUGCAGCCAUGGACACGGACCCUGCCGGCUCCCACAUGGAGACCACUACCGAGAUGGACACCUCGGGCCCUGAGGUGCCAACCCCAGGUGACUUUGUCCCUGAGGGGGGUGCUUCGGAUGAGCCCAUGGGCAGUGGUGACUCGUCCAAGGCCAAGACAGUCUUCCGCAUCGAGGGCUUCCCGGAUGACUUCCCCGGCAUCGGCAAGAAGAGUGCAGAUCUGGCACAGCAGCUGACCAAGGAGGAGAUCGUCUACCAGAUCUACAAGAGACAGCUCGCCCAGGAAAAGAUGCUCGCAGCCCCCUACAAUCGUGCUCGCAGGGGAGUGGGCCACAGCAGCAUGGGAAAGCUGGACCCUGGCAGCACAGGUGCGACCCUCAUGUGCCCCAACUGCUUUGCAGACUGGCAGGGACAGGACAACAAGGUCGAGGGGAAGUGCAAGCUCUGCCAAAAGACGGUCAUUGCGGUGGACAAGGGCCCUCCCUCUGCAGAGAUCAAGCUGGGCUCGGCUUCCUGGCUCAUGUUUUGUGGCCCCCAGGGUGUGACCUGGCACACGGAUGCCGACGAGGCCCAGAAGGCAGCUGCCUCCGUGGACAUUGGCUCCUGGGCCCAGCCCCCGCCCAGACCUACGGAUCAGAAGGAGCUCAGCUUUGCCCACCAGGUGCCUAUGGCCCUGAGGCUUAGCUUGGCUCACACGGUGGCGACCCAACCCUUCGACGAGGUGCAGUUUUCGGACAAGGACGCUGGUGAUCGCCCGCACCUUCGGGAAGACUGGCAGCCGAGCCAGGAGACCAGGGCCUUCCACGCCCAGCUGGCGGCGGCGAUGGAGAUCACGAAGAAGAGCUCGGGCCCGGUGGAUAAGGACAGCAAGAAGCUCACGGAGGAGCAGUUUCUGGAUCACAUCAACCCUCAGCUGGACGUGAUCGUUGAGAUGCAGGCGGGCGCGCAGAGCGUCGAGGAGGCAAAGGGCGCGUCAAUCCUCCGCCAGUUGGACACAGAGAAGUUGCGCUCCCUCCUCAAGCGAGGCCAAGGCAACAAGCGCAUGCAGGAGGAGGGAGCCCAGCGCUCCAAGCUCCUCAGGCCUGUGGCCGACUCCAUUGAUACCUGGGGUACUCAGCUGCGCGCGGCCCUGGAGAUGAACGUGUUCAAUCCGGAUAGCCCGCUCGAGGCCAUGAAAGACCGGUACAUGACACGAAGCGGGGGGCUGUCUUCAACAGGUGCCUUUGGCCCUGAGGAGCAGUCCCCUGAAACACUUCUGGGAGUGGCCGUUGGUUCGGUUGAGUUUCAGAUCAUGAAGGUGCAAGGACCGCUCGAUGCCCCGACGUGGGCAAAGCCUCUCCCUGCAGGGGAAAAGCUCCUGUUGGAGAUGAGGACACAUCCCUGCUCCUUCAAGCAGCCAUUCUUCGAGCCGAUUGCCCUGACCAAAGAGGAGAUUGACGCACAGGUGGCAAUGGGCACGAGGCCCCCCCUGGACAAGAUCAUCGGACCCUUCCAUGCCGAGGGGGAUGGUGGCACCCACUGGCAAAAGGAGGUGCAGACGUGGGACCUGGUGAGCCUCUUCUCCUGCUUCGGCCACACCUACUCGGCCAGACACCUGUAUGCGGUGUGGAGCCACCUGCCGAUCACGAUCCAGCCCCACACGCGGGGGGCCAAGAACAAACAGCAGAACCUGCAACGUCGAGAUGACCAUCGUAUGCUGAUGAAGGAGGCCAAAGAGUUCGUGAUUCUGCACGACCUUCCGGUCCCUACGACAAACCAGGAGUGGAAGCAGCUCUAUCGCGAAAUGGGAUCCAUUUUCGCCGCCAAGGUCUUCAUAAACCGCACGCCGCAGGUGGUUUUGGACCUCCCGGUUGCAGACAUCCACGACUCCAAGCAGCACAUGCGACUGCGAGCCGUAUGUGAUGAACGGAUCACCCUGCCCCUGAAAACCUUCAGGGAUUUCCCGGAGAUCUAUAACUCGCUCUCCCACUCUCUGGGCCAGGAGUCGAUGGUGGAGGCAAAGAUGGCGUGGCGCUGCAACACCGUGCAGUGGUGGACAGCCCGCCUCAAGCCCGAGUACGCCGGCCCCAUCUACCGCAAGCUUGGCUACUCGGAGAGCCACAUCCAAGGCCUUGGAUUGGGGGACAGGGACACCUCAGCUGCCUUUGGCGCUGAAAGGAUCCUCCUGGACCCCGAGUCAGAGCAGGAGCGCGCCCUCCCGCCCAUCACCCCGAACAACGUCUCGAGCGUGGCCUCGGACGACUACAAGAAGAAGAACGUGGGGGAUAAGACGGCCCAUGUGUUCUGGGCCAAGAUGGAGUGUGGCCUGGUCCUCAGCUCCGUUUCCCCGUGGGAGAUUGUCGACAAGAAGAAGGGUGAGACCCGUGGGGGCUACGUUUGCCGCCGCUGCAAAGGAUUCUGGCGAAGUGGCAGAGGUGCCAGCCGGUUCUUGUUGAUCACGGGGGGAGCACAGAGGGAAGAGAGCACGAAGGGCGAUGGAUCCCGCAUUACCUUUCAACAUCUCUCCGCGUUGAAGGAAGUCUUGGAUGUGUCCCCGAGCGAAGCUCUUGGGCCGGCAGAGGUCGCGGAGGCGAGACAUCAGGCGAAGCUUGAACCUGUGGAGGUCAGCGUCGAGUCCAGCGAGCCGGAAGGGCGCUUGGCCUUCGGAGGCCUGGUAUCCCUGCGGCAAUCUGAGCUGCGCCUCUUCCUUGCAGAGGAGCUGGAGCGGUCUGAGGACAUGAAUGCCCUUUGCUUGGCCAUGCUCUGUGUGGCAAACUUUGCAGCGUACGAGCGGAAAGUCCUGGCGGAUGAGAAGGGUGGCCAGAAGCUGGGGAAGUAUCUGCCGCUGGAGGACAUGGCUCGUCUUCUUCGGGGAGUCGUGAGAACGCUGAAGUCUAUCCCCAGCUUUGAUGACGACAAUGUGGCCAACACAAUGACCCUUCAUGCACUUCGCUUCUUCUGCAAUCUCUUGGCCUUUGAAGUCGAUUUCAUCACAGCCGAGCUACAGCAUCUGAAUGUGCUAGAAGAGGUGGGCAAGCUCUUCGACCAUUGGUUCAAGGACGAGGACAAGAUUGAAGAUGACAAGCUGUUCCUUCAAACGCUCCAGAGCUUUAUCCUGCUCCUGAGGUGGGAGAUGAGAGGUCGCACACAAGCUAUAAGUCAUUCAUUGUAG